UCCACACUUGUGGAUGAGGAGCUUGAUGCAAUUGUGUUGCAAAUUCUUAAUCUUUUUCCAACCUUUGGUUGGCACAUGAUUGAUGGUCACCUGCUUCACCUUGGACAACAUGUUCCUUGCAGUCAUGUGAAAGUAUCUUAUGCUUGUGUCAAUAGACCCCCUGUGGCGGCCUUUGGAGUGCGAUGA